UCGGGGGGUGCCCGGCGUGGCGAAACCGCACGGGGCGCCGAUGCCUCCUGCCAGGGAAGCGCACAAGUGACCGGCAUCUCUUCCCAUGUCUGUCUCCUGAAGCGACCCCCCCCCCCCCACCCCCCGCCGGCAUGGAUGUGGCCAACAAUACUACCUCCCCAGCGCGCUCCCCCGAGGGGACAAGCGGCCCCGGCCUCGCCGAGAUGACCCUGGGCUACCAGGUGCUGACCUCCCUGCUCCUGGGCACGCUUAUCCUGUGCGCCGUGAGCGGCAACGCCUGCGUGAUCGCAGCCAUCGCCCUGGAGCGCUCCCUGCAAACCGUGGCCAACUAUUUGAUCGGCUCGCUGGCCGUCACCGACCUCAUGGUGUCCGUGCUGGUGCUGCCCAUGGCGGCCCUCUACCAGGUGCUGAACAAGUGGACGCUGGGGCAGGUCACCUGCGACAUCUUCAUCUCGCUGGACGUGCUUUGCUGCACCUCGUCUAUCCUGCACCUGUGCGCCAUCGCUUUGGACAGGUACUGGGCCAUCACGGACCCCAUUGACUAUGUGAACAAGCGAACUCCCCGGCGGGCGGCCGUGCUCAUCAGCCUGACCUGGCUUAUCGGCUUCUUGAUAUCCAUCCCGCCCAUGCUGGGCUGGAGGACGCCGGAGGACCGCUCGAACCCCGACGCCUGCACCAUCAGCAAGGACCACGGGUACACCAUCUACUCCACCUUCGGCGCCUUCUACAUUCCGCUUCUUCUCAUGCUGGUGCUCUACGGUCGCAUCUUCAAGGCGGCACGGUUUAGGAUCCGCAAGACAGUAAAGAAAGCAGAGAAGAAAAAAAUCGCCGACACCUGCCUCACCCUCUCUCCGGCCACCGCGAAGAAAGGCAACGAGGAGCCCGGCAAGGGCUGGCGGCGGACUGUAGAGCCCAAGCCCGGCGCUUGUGUCAACGGCGCGGUGCGGCAGGGCCAGGACGGGACCGCCCUGGAGAUCAUCGAGGUCCAGCACUGCAACAGUUCCUCCAAGACUCACCUGCCGCUGCCCAGCGAGGCGUACGGCUCCCCACCGCCGCCCUCUUUCGAGAGGCGCAACGAGAAGAACACGGAAGCCAAACGCAGAAUGGCUCUGUCCCGGGAGAGGAAGACUGUCAAGACCCUGGGCAUCAUUAUGGGCACCUUUAUCCUCUGCUGGUUGCCGUUCUUCAUCGUGGCCCUGGUCCUGCCCUUUUGUGACAGUAAGUGCUACAUGCCCGAGUGGCUGGGGGCAGUCAUCAACUGGCUGGGCUACUCCAACUCCCUUCUCAACCCCAUUAUCUAUGCCUAUUUCAACAAAGACUUCCAAAGUGCUUUUAAGAAAAUUAUCAAGUGCAAAUUUUGCCGGCAGUGAAGC